AUGGCGGCCCGUGGAGCCAUUGCCGCUCUGCUGGUGGUGGCCCUGGCUCUGGCGCUGUCGUCCGGCACGGCAUCGGCGGCGGGGAUAUUCUUCCGGAGGCCCAGCAAGCAGGGCCCGACGACAUCGACGCCGGGGGACCCCAAGAACCCCCCGCGCAACGGCAAGUUCUCCACCGUCGUCACCAACCGGUACCACAAGCGCGACUUCGAGAUCACCUGCACCACCGACUGGGGCGCCUCCUGCUACGUCAAGUGCCCCGCCCGCUGCCCCAACAAGUGCCUCGCCUACUGCGCCUACUGCCUCACCUUCUGCCUGUGCGAUCUGAUGCCGGGCACCUCGUGCGGCGACCCGCGGUUCACGGGCGCCGACGGCAACACCUUCUACUUCCACGGGAAGAAGGACGAGAGCUUCUGCCUCGUCUCCGACGACCGCCUCCACAUCAACGCGCGCUUCAUGGGCAACCACAACGCCGACUCCGGCCGCGACUUCACCUGGGUGCAGGCGCUGGGCGUCACCUUCGGCGGCGCCGACGGCGCCGACGGCCACAGGCUCUACGUGGGCGCGCGCAGGGCCGCCGAGUGGGACGAGGACGAGGACCACGUGGUGGUGGCGCUGGACGGCGAGCCCGUGGACGUCGAGCCCGCCAAGGGCGCGCGGUGGGCGUCGAGGGCCGUGCCGGGACUGUCCGUCACCCGCACCGACGCCGUCAACGCCGUUGUCGUGGAGCUGGACGGCGUGUUCGCCAUCUCCGCCAACGCCGUGCCCAUCACCGACGAGGACUCCCGCGUCCACGCCUACGGCAAGACGAGCGGGGACUCGCUCGUGCACCUCGACGUCUCCUACCAGUUCCCCGGCGGCCUGACGAAGGACGUCGACGGCGUGCUCGGACAGACCUACCGCCCGGACUACGUGAACAAGCUCGAUAUCGGCUCCAAGAUGCCCAUCAUGGGCGGCGCCGACAAGUACCGCUCGUCGGGUCUCUUUGCCACGGACUGCGCCGUCUCCCGGUUCCACCACCGCGUCGGCGGCGGUGCUGACGCCGGCUUCACCUCCUUCGCCUCGUAA